AUGGCUGUCAUAGACCUAAACAAUGACGAGGAGAAAGAGGGCGCUAGUGAAGGAUUCUGCCCCUGCAUUCUCGCCCUCGUCUUCAUUCCCACCUUCCCUACCUACUGCUCCAAUUCACUAUCACUGAUCGACAUGGCAAAAUCAUAUUGGCUAUGGGCACGAAAUAUCUACUUCCUUAUCGCCGCUAUUAUACUGCUUAGUGCAACACCAAUCUGGGCACAAUCACACAAUGAAAGCCCCUCCAAUUUAGCACGUUCCAAAUUUCAAGAUCCGUCGAGGAUGAGCCCCAUUACUACAGGCCCGACACUAGGACCAUCUCUACUACCGUCACCCCAAGGCGUCCGAUUGCGCCCCCGCGAUGUCACGGCCAUUUCUGUCGACGGCUACGAAUACCGAGGCUGUGUGGGUGAUGACGGCAAUAAGCGUGUUCUGGGAGGGCCUACAGUUGACAUUGUUUCCCUAGAGCCCACUUCGUGCGGUAACUUCUACAAAAACUAUAACUACGCCGCCGAGCUGCACCAUGCCCUGCCCUUCCAAAACGGACGCCGCCUGCGGCGGCUUUUACGCCAUGAACAUACCAGUACAAUCACGGUUUCUAAUGUGGUGGUAUUAACCGCUACCGCCUCAUUAACCACUAUCGUUUCCUCAUCCUCUGCGCCCCCUAAUACUCAAGUACCUAGACCAACAUCAAACAGCGAUGUGACUCUUCCCAAAGGCGCUAUCAUCGGCAUCGGUGCGGGCUCUGCCCUUGGUGCAGUCCUGAUUUGUGCCGCAAUCUAUUAUUUCUGGUUCUAUCGACGUCGCCAGAGGUCUCAUAAGGUCUCAAAUGAAGCAAUAUCUUCAUCAGGACAAUGGCCACCAAUAACAGAGCGGGCAAGGCCAGGUGGACCAGAUAACGAGACAGCUAUGGCAAAGCAGCACUGGGCGAUAUCAGAACACAGUUCGAGAUAUUUAAGUGAAAUGGGAGAAAUUAACAAACAAGGAUUUCCGGUGGAAGCUCCUGGGGACUAUAGGCAGGUGCAUGAGCUUGCGGAAGGGAGGUGA